AUGCCACCGUUGCCAUCUUUAUUGUUACCAGUCUUUAUCAGCGCCCUCAUCCGUAUCCAAGUGACCACCAGCUGGAUCAUCCCUCAGCCAAAACAAAACAUCUGGGUCACAUUGGUGAAGUCAUUAAAGCAAGACAAUCUUUGCAUGGCCAUGGAAAGUGUAGACGAUCCGCUCUUAACAUGCCUGGUGGGAGUCUCCCUGUCACCAAAUGACUGCCCGUACUCCACCACUGACCUUGGCUCACAGGUGGCCAUCAAGCGAGUGUCCCGGGAGCGCAUCUCGGAGUGGGGCGCCCUUGUGCCCCCAGAGCCGGCGCUGCUGUGGAAGGUGUGGCAGCCUGGCUUCCGCGGCAUCGUGCAGUUCCUGGACUGGUUCGAGGUGCCCGAGGGCUUCACGCUGCUCAUGGAGCGUCCGCAGCGCUGUCAGCACCUCUGGUACUUCCUGCAUGAGCGGCAGUUCCUGAUGGAGCCCGUGGCGCGGGGGCUGUUCCGCCAGGUGCUGGAGGCCGUGCGGUGCUGCAGCAGCAGGGGUGUCCUGCACCGCCACAUCAAGGCCGAGAACAUUCUUGUUGACCUGGCCACGGGCGAGGUGAAACUCAUCAACUUCGGGUGCGGCACAAUCCUCCAGGACACGUUCUACACCAGGAUGUCAGGAACACCGGAGUACAGCCCACCAGAGUGGAUCCUCUUUGGCUGCUACCAUGGCCAGCCAGCCACCAUCUGGUCCCUGGGCAUCCUGCUCUAUGAGCUGGUCUGCGAGCACCUUCCUUUCCACACCAACAAGGACAUUGUCUGGAGCCAGCUCUUCUUCCUGCGGUUUCUCUCCGCAGAGUGCCAGCACUUCAUCAGGUGGUGUUUAUGCAUGGACCCCACAGACAGGCCAUCACUGGAGGACCUUUUUGAGCAUUCUUGGCUGCAGGAGCCCUGCCUGGCCCAGGAGACAGCAGAGAUGCAUCCUGUGCACAGUAGGAUCCAGGAGCCAGCAAGUAGCACCAGCACGCGUCUCGUGGCGCUGGAAGAAAAUCCUGGAGCGUUUCCCUGUGAGCGCAGCAUGGAGGAGAGAGCGCAGCCGAGGAGAUGCUUCCGCUGGUCCCCAUGA